GGAGAGUCUAAGUGGUGAGGAGUGGAACCGUUUCUUGGUUGUGCACCGAUCACCAUGGUUGACACGCGUACAGGAAAGAGCACUUCCCCUUAUACCGCGGAAGAAGAGGCAAAGGCCGCCGCCAUCCUAAAAGAGAGACAAGAGAGGAAGGAGGCCAAGAAGAAGGCCUUGAUGGAGGAACAGCCGGCGAAGAUGAAAAAGAUUGAGGAGGAGAUGGCCAGAGAGAAGGAGAGAUUAAAGAAAGAAGAAGAAGAAAAACUCAAGGCGGUGGAAGAGGAGGAGGAAGAAGAAGAGCCACUGGAAAGGAGAAUAAGGGAGCAAAGAGGGGAAUCCAGUGGAACAAGAGAUGACCAACUGGAGAAGAAGAUCACAGAGUGGGUUGCAAAUUUAUCCCUGGGAGAAGAAGAAGAAGCGUUAAUGUAUGUACCCAGGGAAGAGCAGGAGGCGGCCGUAAAGGCGUGGGAGGCGGAAGAGGAUCCACUCAAGCGACAGGCCAUGGAGGAUGAGACAAGGAUGGAGUGGAAGCUACGACUCAUGAGGGAGAGAAAAAGGAGAAUGGAAGCAGUGAGCCAGGCGGCGAAGGAGGAGUUUGCAAGGGAGUUAGUGAUGCCGGUGGGCUCAGAAGUGAAGGCUCGCCUGGAAAACACGGAGCGUUAUUGCACCGGCGCCAUAGAGGGCACCAGGUUUGUAGUAGUGUAUCUAGAUGACAUUUUAGUGUUUAGCAAGACCCUCCAAGAGCAUCAGGGUCACCUGAGGCACGUCUUGGAGAAGUUGAGAGAAGCUAACUUCAAGAUCAAUCCGAAGAAGUGCGAAUGGGCAAAGACCCAAGUUUUGUACUUAGGCCACGUCUUAGACGAAAACGGCAUUAAGCCAGAGGAUAGCAAAAUCGCAGCGAUUAGAGAUUGGCCUACGCCUCGCACGCUGACAGAGUUGCCAUCGUUUUUAGGCCUGGCGAACUACAACAGGAAGUUUGUCAGAAACUUCUCUACCAUCGCUGCACCCCUUCGCAGAUUGCUAAGGAAAGAAACAAUCUGGAAGUGGGAUAAGGACUGCACGUCUGCCAUGAAGAAGUUGAAGCAGGCGUUGAUAGAGUAUCCAGUCCUUAAAGUCGCCUAUCCGUCCUUACCUUUCGUCGUUACCACUUACGCAAGCCAGUAUGGCACAGGUGUUGUACUACAACAAGACGAUGGCAACGGCUAUAGACCCGUAGAGUUCAUGUCUGCUAGGAUGCCUUCAGAGAAGGUAGCGACAUCCACCUACGAGAGGGAACUCUACGCUUUCAGGCAAGCGUUAGAACAUCGGAAGCACUACUUGCUUGGGAGGCACUUCAAAGUGUAUUCAGACCACGAAACUCUGAGAUGGUUGAAGACACAAGCCAAGAUGACACCUAAGUUGACUAGGUGGGCCACAGAGAUAGACCAGUACGACUUUGAGCUCAAGCCAGUUAAGGGCAAGUACAAUGUAGUUGCGGAUGCUCUAAGUAGGUGGUCAGACUACUUCGGGGCGAUAGUCCAUUAUCUGGAUAUAGGAAAAGACCUGCAACAGAAAGUUAGAGAAGCAUAUGCGCAGGAUCCUAUCUAUAGCGACCUUCUUAAGAGAGUUAAGGAGGCCCCAGAAAUUGAACCACAUUACCGCACUACAGAGGGUUUGUUAUUUGAGAAGACUGAUGUAGUAGACCGCUUGUGCAUCCCCAACAGUGAAGAGAUUCGUAGCUUGAUCUUAGGGGAAUGCCAGGAUACAGAAGGACACUUCGAUUGGCAAAAGACCUUAGCAAUCUGAUGCGCGCAUACACUUGGCCAGGAAUGAAAAAUGACUGCAUAGAAUAUGUCCGCAAUUGUAAAGUGUGCCAGAGGAACAAGACCACCACGCGUGCCCACUAGGUCUUCUCAGACCCCUGCCUAUUCCUGACCAGCCCGGGGAUUCAGUGUCCAUUGAUUUCAUGGACACCGGCGUUAAGAGUAGGCAUAGUAAGAGCCAAGUCAUGGUCAUUGUAGAUAGAUUUAGCAAGUAUGAAGUUUUUGUUCCGUUGCCUGCGGAGGCACGUACAGAGUUAGUAGUUCAGAAGUUCUUUGAUAAUUGGGUCGGUGAACACGGGAUUCCGCUGUCUAUAGUUAGCGAUAGAGACACCCGGUUCACUACUCAAAACUGGCAGGAGUUGAUGAGAGUAUAUGGCUCCAAGCUGCUGGUGUCAUCUGGCCGUCAUCCAGAGACAGACUGAGCAAAUGAAUAAGCUCCUACAGC